AUCGAAUUGCUGUCAAGGCGCAAGAUUAGAAAGAAUCUAGAGAUUGGGCACCCACUACCUCAGAAGGUAGCAGGUUCCAUAUCCUAACUGAUCUAGGGAAAAAAGAGUGACUAUGAGUGAGAAUACUAGACUGGAUCUGCCUAUAUUGGUAGGGAUUUCUUCGGGUUGCUCUGGGAUUUGACAGGAUACACGGCGGGAAUUUAACGUUCACAGAGUUGUUGCGGAUCUUAUAGAACAAGCAAGCCUUGUCGCGUCUCCUACGCGAGUACGCGCUCCACGAUGACAUUGGGUCGAGUUGUCAUGGUUGACGGACGCAUGUCUUGAGAGCUCUGACCUAAAGAGUGAUUUUUUUUUGCAAUUAAUGCUCUCCUCGACCAAAAAUGUUUGCUCAAAAGCGACAAUUGAGCAGUUCAUCAAGCCCCGAGACAAGCAGCGAGAAAAGGAGAAAUUCAGUUCAAGGAGAUUCAAAAUCCGCCGCCGAGCUGAGCACCAUCUUAGACCGUAUUAACCAGCUAGCGGCUUAAAUGAACGAUGGUUUCUCAAAAGUUCACACAGACAUGGACGUAUUAAGACACGAAUUGCAGGUCUCUAUUCAAGAGAUGCGAACAACUAUAAAUGACCUUGAAACCUCCGUUAACGCAGCUUGGCAGGAAAUUCACGCUCUGCAAGCAGAAAAGGAAAGCGAGAAGAAGCAGCGAGAAAGACUGCAGGAAUCACUAGAGUUUGAAAGAGAGGAACGUAUUCGCCUUGGGGCGUAUACAAGGAGGGAAAAAAUCAACAUUAAAAAUAUUCCUGAAACCCACGAGGAAAAUUGUAAAGACAAGGUUAUUAGCAUUCUACAGAACGAAUUAGAAAUGCCCAAGGCAGCAACUAUCAUGUUUUAUGCUGUUCACAGGGUCGGCAAGAAACGAGAAAAGAACGCAAAACCAAGGCCAAUUAUUGUAAGAUUUGUAUCCAGGGAAACAAGAGACGCAGUAUUUCGCCGAAAAAAGAAGCUAAGCAGCUCGACACGAUACGAAAACGCUUACAUAACUCAAGACUGUCCCCGUGAGAUCCAAAAUGAACGAGCAAUAUUAAUUGCUGCAAUGGAAAAAGCAAAGAAAGACGGUGUUCAAGCGAAAGUCCUAGGCCGCUCUAUUCACAUUAAUGGCCAAACCUUCAGAGCUUCGAACCUCCCGCCGGAAUUUCAAGCAACAAACGAUGAGAGAUGAGUUAUAACUAUUGAACAUAUGCAAACUUUAACUUUUUGUUUUUGGCCCGUAUUAUUAGAAGAUUGUGGGGGCAAAGUUGAUCAUUUGUUUAUAUCCAGCGUAACUUAUUUACUACCAUGCUGCCAAUUAAGAUAAUUCUCAUUCAUAAGCAUGCGAGGUUGUUAUUUUUGAUACCGUAGUUGUUUUUCCUGAUAUUUAAUCGAGAGCAAGACACGCUAUUUAUGACAAGUCACUCUUAUGGUCUUUCCAUCCAGGCCUAAGCCAGACUAAAUUUUCCAGUCAGAUAAUUUACUCUCUUUGUGGGCUAUUUUUCCUGGCCCACUUGUUUUUUUAUAUAAGCUUUGUAUGACGUUAAGGGUCAUAUUUAAUCGUUUUCUGUCAAGUCUUCUUUUACGUAAAUUGUGGAAUUUUAUUUAUACUUAUAUUUUUCAAACGGUCAAGUAUCCAAAUGAUUUCAAGGUAAAACCUGUCAAUGCAACCAAUGGUCUUUUGUUACAGCACUUUCGCUUCACUAAACACCGAUUCCCAGGGGGGUAAAACGAGCUCGUUAAACAAUCCAAUUAAUCUAAAGUGUGUCUCUCUCAAUGUUAGGGGCAUGAACAAAA